ACCUCUCUUGGGGUUAAAGUUUCCACUUCCGCAUAUCCCAUCGUGCUUUGAAUCCUCUUUUAUUUUGGGACUUGGGUCAAAAAUAAGAAUGGCUAAGAUCAAAGCCCAUGAAUUGCGGGGAAAGAAAAGGGAGGAGCUUGAGGAACAGCUCAACAAGUUGAGACAAGAACUUGCUCAGCUCAGAGUUGCCAAGGUGACCGGUGGUCAGGCCAACAAACUUUCCAAAAUUCGUGUUGUAAGAAAAAGUAUUGCAAGAUGCUUGACAGUGUACAAUCAAUCACAAAAGGAAAAUCUUCGCAAAUUUUACAAGGGCAAAAAAUACAAGCCCUUGGAUCUUCGCCCCAAGAAGACGCGUGCUAUCCGUCGUGCACUUACUAAGAGCGAGUUGGCAAGAAAAACAAGAAAACAAAUAAGAAAGGAACGGUUGUAUCCGCAAAGGAAAUAUGCCCUCAAAGCUUAAGCUCAAACCUCUCUUUGUAAGAUAGUAUUGAUGAUAUCAGUGCAUUAAACAUUUAGAAAAGA